AUGUUGAACUCUGGACAGAAAUUUAUUGCAGAUAUGAAACUGGAAAACGAACGUGAGGGUAUAUCGCUGUUUGAAGUAAAGAAUCGUGAUUUAUUGUCAUAUAUGACGGAAGUGACGAAUUUGAUGUGUCAAAUGAGCUUCGCAGAAAGCAUUCAAGGUUGCAGUGCGCUGGAACGAUGUGUUUUCUUGAGAACUGUUUUAGAACGUAUCAGACCAAUUGAACAAAAAUUGAAACCCUACGUUGAGAAGAGCAUAUCGACUUCGGCAACAAACACAGUUUCGAAGCAGGUUUUACGGCCUAGGCCAGAUCUUAUGAAAGUUGGAGAUGAAGAGAUCAGUGAAGAAUCAGAAAUGAGUGACGACGAAAUGGGAGGACGGUCAUCCUCGGUCCAAAAGUACGUUCCUCCCAAAAUGAUGGCACUUCGAUACGAUGAAGAUGAGAAGGCGAAAGAAGAAAGAGUAUUGGAGCAUGCAAGGAGAAGAGCACUCGAAAGCAGUCUUAUAAGUGACUUACGGGCGCAGUAUAGUGAGGCACCGGAAGAAUUGGAAGAAGAAAGAAGAAAUCGCAAAGUCAAGCAAAAAGAUUUAGAGAAACAAAAAUACGAGGAGGACUACAUGAUUCGUUUACAAAUGACCAAAAAACAGCAGCAUGAGCACAGAUUACAAAACAGGCAAAAUGUUCUUGAUGAGCUGUUGCAUUUUGGUGAUUAUAUGGCUAUGGAUGAAGGAUCAAAGAAUAAGAAUGAUAAGAAACGGAAAGGCUCAUCUGGCAAGGGACCAAAAGGAAAGCGAUCUCGUGCAAGUGGUAAUCGUUUCGAUAAAAUGAAAGGUGGUCGAAAAAUGGGUAAGAGGCGCUCCCAGAAACAUUGA